UUUAUAGGAGUCAUUAAAGGGAAAGCCGGCUCACUGCGGCUGAGCUGGGGCAUUUCUUUGCUGUCAGGUGAUACAGGGGCGGCGGGGAGGGGGCUCCCCCACACCAUAUCAGCCCGAAUUUCAGUGGCGCACGGUGCAAAUUCGUCGUCUCCUGCGCCGAGGGUUCCUUCAAUGCAGCGCAAUAUACAUAACAUGGGCCAGGGACAUCUCCGGUUUUAUUGCGGCGCUCUCUGCUGUGAUUCUAGACAGCAUCGUUGCUCUUACUGAGUCGAAUCAGAGCUGAUCUCUGCAGUGUCUUCGGAACGUUCAAGAGUGCUAUCGGGUAACUGCGACGGCUACAUAUAUGUGUUAGCUACUGUCAGAUAUAUUGACUAAUAUUUCAAAGGAUAAAUAUUUGCGUGCAUACAAAUAUUUAAUAUCGCUGGCCAAAUCUUUUCGUACGGAUAAUGGACUGAAUUGUGUGGGAGAGCAAUAAUAGACAGCCGGGUUUUCUUGUGUGUAUAAAUGAUAGAAGAUACAAUGACACUGUUGUCUCUCUUGGGUCGGAUCAUGCGUUAUUUUUUACUCAGACCAGAGACCUUGUUUCUGUUAUGCAUAAGCUUGGCUCUUUGGAGUUACUUCUUCCACACGGACGAAGUGAAGACAAUUGUGAAGUCCAGCCGGGAUGCCGUGAAAAUGGUGAAGGGGAAAGUGGCGGAGAUCAUGCAGAAUGACAAAUUCGGGGGUCUUGACGUUCUGGACGCGGAAUUCUCCAAAACCUGGGAAUACAAGAGCCACAAUGUAGCGGUAUAUUCCAUCCAGGGCCGGCGAGAUCACAUGGAAGACCGCUUUGAAGUGCUUACAGAUAUUGUCAACAAGAGCCAUCCGUCCAUAUUUGGAAUUUUCGACGGUCACGGUGGCGAAGCUGCUGCCGAGUAUGUGAAGACGCACCUGCCAGAGGUCCUGAAGCAACACCUGACCACGUACGAGAAGGAGAAGGAGAACAGCGUGCUGUCCUACCCCGCCAUCCUCGAGCAGCACAUCCUCUCUGUGGACAAGGAGAUGCUGGAGAAGCUCUCCGCCUCUUACGAUGAAGCAGGAACCACCUGCCUGAUUGCACUGCUCUCGGACAAGGAGCUGACUGUGGCCAACGUGGGCGACUCCCGGGGGGUCCUGUGUGACAAGGACGGGAACGCCAUCGCUCUGUCGCACGACCACAAGCCCUACCAGCUGAAGGAGCGUAAGAGGAUCAAGAGGGCAGGGGGCUUCAUCAGCUUCAACGGCUCGUGGCGCGUUCAGGGCAUCUUGGCCAUGUCGCGCUCGCUGGGCGACUACCCGCUGAAGAACCUGAACGUGAUCAUCCCUGACCCGGACAUCCUGGCCUUCGACCUGGACAAGCUGCAGCCAGAGUUUAUGAUCCUGGCGUCAGACGGGCUGUGGGACGCCUUCAGCAACGAGGAGGCCGUCCGCUUCAUCAAGGAGCGCCUGGACGAGCCGCACUUCGGCGCCAAGAGCAUCGUCCUGCAGUCCUUCUACCGCGGCUGCCCCGACAACAUCACCGUCAUGGUCGUCAAGUUCAAGAACAGCAGCAAGACCGGGGAGCAGUGAGGGGGGGGGCACGGCAUACCUGGGCAGUAUAAUAUAUGAAUAUAUGUAUACAUAAGUUUAAAAAAAAACCCUCAGUUUUUGGAGCAAGAACUCUUUCUAUUUACAAUAUUUACAGUAUCUACCCCAUUCUCCCUGACACACGCACACAUACACACAUACACGCACACUUUCACACACAUCCGCACACAUCUGUUUGUUUUUACAGCCAUGAUCCUGUUUUCUCUGCCUUUAAUACGUUUUGGAAUAUCCUCAAGCCUCAUACUACUACAGCAUGUGUGCACCAAAAUCAUUCCUUUAAUAUUACGAGAGGAUUGGAUUGUGUGCCGGCUAUUUAAAAAGGCAUGCACAUGUACUGCUCUGAAAAGUAUAUCAAUCAAUCAAUGAAUUAAAAGGCCAGUCCAAGCUGAGGUCUGUUCAAUAGGACAGAGCCUCGCGAAACAUUUUUGUUGUAAUGAUUUCUGAACCUAUUUAACUGGGGUUAUAAUCCACAAUGGUCCUGCCUGGAGCUGGAACUGAAGUUCAGACAGAGGUAGUGAAGUCUAUUUAAUCAUUAUUCAACGCCAAAUAUGCUCAUUUUAUCAAUGCUCAAAUGCACUGUAGCAAUACCAGGUACAUUUCAGGAGCUACUGACAACACUUUGAUAUAUGGCUGUUUUUUUUCCAUUUCAUAUUUUAAAAAAUCAUAUCUUGCAGGCCUUUUGAAUAUUUACCAAAAUCUGUUUUAAAGGAUGUAAAUAUAAUCACAUACACAUUUAGCUGUAAGGAAAAACACAGGUAAAAUCAUCAAGUAAUAUAAUUCGGAUAAAAUAAAAUGAAAAAAGGUCUAAAUGUCUAAUGACUUCGGGAAAACUAACAUCUGUUCCCCCUCCCCCUCUUAAUGUAACAGUUGACCUCUGGUUACACCUUGUUGUUCUCCCUGGGGGAAGAGUUUGUCGAAGUUUGUCGGUUUAUGGUGCCCUGAACACCCGCUGAGCUUCGUCUUUGUUGCGAGGGCUACAAGAGGAGCUGGACCGUGAUUGUUUUGACUUUGACCCUAAAUUAACCCUAUACCCAUAACUUAUGUGUACAGUGUGUUUGUAGAGGCAGUGAAGCUGUAUUGCUGGAUUUGACAUAUAACUGCACUCUUACUUUCUGUUUCAGUUUUCAGUUUGCUGUGCUUAGGCAAUACCCACACACUGAGUUCAGUUAUCACAGGUGCAGCUCUCACACAGAGAUCAGUUCCAUGAUAAUGUCAGACUUCAGUACAACUGGGCUGUUGGGUCAGUUCUGUGUAAAUGAGGAUGUACAAACUGAAUUGCAGCCAGGUCACCUGUAAAUGGUUUUGGCCUAACAUGUUAUAAUGCACCCUCCUCCCCAUCCCUCACUCUCACUACUCAUAAUAUUGUUGGUUGUCUCUCAGUAUACCCUUCAUAAUAGUCAUCCUACCCCCAUUUGGGUGUGGUGAAGGGUUUGCCUCUCAGUAUGUGCAGGAAACCUUAAAACUGUCAGGAGGAAGGUUAGGGAAUGGGUACAGAUCACACUCCAAGAACUGGAUGUCAGAAAAAGCAGAUGGCAUGGAGUAUCAUCCACAGCUCUCCUACAUGGUAGGAGUAUUAAACAAACUAUGGUGUAAAACCAGCUCCUGCCCAAACCUGGCAAUUGCCUGUGUGAUCUUAGCGUUAUGUGUCUGUCUAUGCAGUGUGCAUUUGUGUCUGGCUCUGAAUGCACCUUCAGCCUGUGUUCUGUUCAGGGUAGAGUACGAUGACACCAAACUGCAUGUCUCAGCAUCCUGCUUGACCACUUGGUCUGUCUGUCCAUCUGUCUGUACAGGUCAUUCUAGAAACUCCCACGCAGAACUGUAGUCACGUACCUGUUCAGUAUCCGUUCAUUAUUCUCGCCUCUGUGUAGUUUGCUUCUUGAUUUCUGCCUACAUUAGAGAAAUAUUUAUUUACUCCCUGAUGACUGCACUAAAAUGAUAAUUGAUAGCUUUUUAAUAGGCUUUCAAGUUACUUUUUAAUCACAAAACACACUUUAAUUGGUACCGAACACUGCAAAUAUGUACUUGUUGCAUCUGAACUACUAACAAAUUCAUCUAUACUGAGGAAAAAUCAGUCUGCAUUGCCACAAUAAUAAAUAAUUCACUUAACCAUUGCCGUGAUAGCAUUAAAACGAGCUUCAGUGCCGCUGGUUGAACUGUAGUUAUGAUUCUGAUUAGCUCUGAUCUAGGACUAAAUCACACAUAUGAGCAUGCUGAUUGGUCAAAUGCAUGAUAGAAGUAGGGUUAACGUGUGGGGUGGAAACUGUCUGAUGUACUAUUUGAUUGUCUGGAACACCUGUUUCUUUCACCUGUAAAUAUGUGAAACAUAACCACGUACAGUUGAAACCCAACUGGGCAGCCUGCAUAUAUGUAAAAUGCCUAGAUAUGGCUGCUGACACAAUGAGAGAGCUUCUGCUUUACUGCUGCAUUUAAAAAGUGUGUUCAUAAAUUUAAAUUUUGCUUUUAUCAGAUAUGGCAAGUUUCCAUGUAAACUUGAUGAUUUCUUUAUUUGCCAUAGGUAGUCAGCGACUGUCUCCAAACCAAAACAUACUGAACCCAUACCAUCUGACUAAUACUUUAAAGUGACAACAUACCACCUGGGUCUAAAAUAUUUUGCUCCCAGGCAACGACUGUGAACAAGGACAGUUGAGUGUAGUUGAGUUGUUAGUCAGCAUUAAAGACCUUUUAGUCCUAAAUCAAGUAUAAUUAGGGUCUGAAGAGUACCCCCACCCCCCCAGCACUGCCUGCUGUAUUUGAAUGAAAUACAUACUUGCUGCCUUAUUUUUUAAUAUAUUUUCUCCAGUUAUAGUUCUUUGCCAAAAGUAAAAACUUUAUUGUUUCUAGUGUAACAUAGCUGAAAAAUGCCACGCACAUCAUAUAGAGAUAUCAUGUUUUACAUGUAGAAUAUCAUUUCUACGUUGGUCUCUGAGAGACAAGGAAUAGCGAAUGUACAUAUUACAUGUUAUCAUCAUCAUCAUCCCUCAAAUUCAGUCAAAUAUGAAAUAAAGCCAAGCAUAAACGCCCUGGUUGACAGUAAUAAAUUACUAGCGUUAGUAUGUUUUUAUGUGCUUCUUUUGGUUGUAUAUUCUUCCUGAAUAAUGUAUGUGUUACUGAAUGUUUAUGUGGAGUUUG